GACCGCAUCACCGGAUAAAAAAGCGCUACUACUACUACUAGUACGACUACUACUUAUACUACUACUAGUAGUACUACUACUACUUCCUCUUCUUCAUCAUCAUCAUCAUCAUCAUCAUCCAUUUCGUACUCUUCUUCUUCUUCUUCGUCUUCCUCCGGACUACCACUACCAGAGUACCAUAUCGUACAGACCUCGAGUUCGGUAGGGAGGUCCCGGUCCUCCAACCAGAAGAAACCUUUGCGUUACUACGACCUACCGUCUUCCGUCUACUAUUCGGGCUACCAAGUUUCCACCGCACCGACCCGGCAGCCGCAGUUCAGUCGACGCCGCGCUCCCAAACGGUCCAGACCUGGUACACACCUGACAGCAUCCAAUACGUGAUUCGUUAUCGUAGACGUUUAACUGUGACUACGAAUUAGAUUCUGGACGUGAUUCAUCCUCAAUAGCAACUACGACUCCGAUACGCGCCAUCGACCACUGCGACCUGCGUCCUCAAGCUCAACGGGAUCACUCGACGUUGGACAACCUCAGACCCGUUUUAACUGCGCGUCACGUAAUCAACGUAGCGAUCCGUCGUGUUCGAGACGAGGCAGUGAUCUCACUCACGGAGGCUGGAGCCGAGGCGACAAGCAGUACGAGAGACACGUGGAGGAGGAGAACGAGAAGCACACACGAGCCGCACACUCUCUCCCAUGUGUGCGCAUCGAUAUACGCAUACUUAGACGGGCAUAUUCAGGAGGACUGAGAGUCGGAGAUUGAGAGAGCCGGCGAGGUAGCAGUAGAGAGAGAGAGAGAGAGAGAGAGAGAGAGAGAGAGAGAGAGAGAAAGAGAGAGAGAACGAAGAGAGGAGAGAAAAAGAAAGAGAAAGAGAAUAAGAGUGGUGGGGGGAGAGAGAGCCGACGAUAGACAGAGAGUAUAGUCAGCGAGGGAGCGGUGGGAAUUUAUAAGGAUGUUCGCGAUAAUGCCGAUGGAGACAGAGGGGCACGGCAGGGAGUUCGGCCGGCGGCAGAAGAUGCGCGCCAAGUGCACCGUCGAGUUCGUCUGCAAGUAUUGCCAGCGACGCUUCACGAAACCCUACAACCUCAUGAUCCACGAGCGCAGCCACAAGGACGAUGUGACCUUCACCUGCGAGGUCUGCGGAAAGUCCUUCAAGCGGCAGGACAACCUUAAGCAGCACAGAUGUGGGUGGCGGUGAGCGGGAGCUCCGAACCUCCUGCCUUCCCAAAACCCCAUACGCCUUUAUCCCGAACCCCCCAUCAUAUGAAAUCCCAUCAUAAUGAAAAAAAAAAUUCCCAAAAACCGCUGCCUCCGCGAUCCCGACUGAAAGAGGGAAAGGAAAAAAAGAAAAGAAAAUAGAAAAGAGUGAAAGACCGCCGCGCUACCCAGCAUGCCCUUCAUCUACUACUUCCAUUUCGAGAACAUCAUCUCCUACUUCGUGGUUCUCACAUGAACUUCACAUGAAACUUUCUUAUUUCCACUUCGGUGUAACUUUUCAUACUAACCAAGUGACAUCGAUCGAUCUGUAACUCUCUGUCGCUCUCUUUCUUUCUAACCUUACGCACUUUUGUCUUAUCUUACCGAUCAAUGACUCUUGAUCGAUUAUCCGAAGUCUCUUUGAGCAAACGCAAGCUAGCCUCCUCACCUUCCGAAUUCAACGAUCUCUGUUCCAGGAGCAUACACUCUGUUCCCUACAAGGGCUCCAACGGCUACUCAAACGGCUAUUCAAAUGGUUACUCUAGGUACUAGAAGCCAUUCGCCGGAUCCACCCCCCCCCCACCUCCCCAUCCCUAUUACUAUCUCCAGAGCAUCCCUUAUUCCCAAAUUAAAGUAAAGCUUAGUUUACGUAGAUCCACUUGAAAGUACCUAACAUUGUAUCCAACAUUUUUACCAGCGCUAGCCCUGCUAAAGGGUGCUUGCUAGUCCAGCAGUCCCAAUUCCCGUAGAAAUACCUAUACGCGAUAUCAUCCAAACACCCACUUCUCGUACCCCAUGACCGAUUCAUCUACGGUUCGUCUCUGCCGCCUGCCUGUUUUGACACCUACGACGAUGUUCCCAUCGAAGGAUGUACCGGUGCCGUUGACCUGGUGCCAGCAUCAACUUCCGGCUAACCUUGGAACUACCAACCGGAUCGAAGCCGUCGGGAAGACCUGUACCCGUUCAUCAGUAAAUUCGAGCAAACGAUCUCGAUCGUCUUUCGAGAUUCUUUGUCAACUAUUGGCCAAAGUUUAUCACAUCAGAUUUAAUCGGAGCCACCGGUACUCAUCAUCCUGAGAUCGGCAGGGGACCGGCACCAGAUCCUUUGGGAUUAACUGAUGGAACACCAGGAUUUCCAUCAGCGGAUCACUCGGAAGUCUCGGAUUUACAUGAACAAUCAGCUCGGUGGUGUGGAAAUUGCCAGGGUUUACAUACGUCUGUGAUCAGGAUUGUCUGACGCUUGAAGUCUCAAGGAUUUGUCUUGGUGCUAGAACGAUACUUAAAGUUCAUCAUCGGUAACAUUGAUUCAGGUGGAUGCAGCGGGAUCCAAAAGGAACGCCUAGUACCUAUCUAUGAUCUAGGUAGUUGAGAAUGAUCCUGACAAUAGGUUAGCGGCAAUGCUCGAGUUUCAACUUGGAAGAUCUAACGAGUUCAUAUUCAAGCAAUUGAAGGUUAGGUCCGGUCUUGGUAUACCCAACAGCAAGAUUCUGCAUCGGUAAUCGAUAGCGGACCAGUUAAGCGAAAGGAUUUACAUCUACCAGAGGAACAGGACUCCUCGAGGCUGAUGUCCUAAAUUGGACUACAUAAUAACGGACCGUUCACUCUGCAAGGAUGCUACUGAAGUAUACUAAGCUUGAGCUACCGUCGACCACGCCCAAGCCCCGGGCGACAUCAGGAACCUGGACUCACCAUCUGUCGACUACCGCUCCGAAGAACUCGAGGAAUUCGAAGACGCUGGAGAUGCUAAAGAGAUUUUGCUUAAAAAUUCACACGGACAUCUCUUCAUGUACUAAAGACAUCUUCGCGCAGUCAUUCUUGAUCUGUUUCGUCAAAUAGAAGAUACGCAACAUACGUCAUAGAUACUUUUGAGCUUUUUCAAUCAUUUUUUUUUAUUUUACAAAUCCAGUGUCUUUAACAAACCGAAUUUUAAGUCAUCGAGAGGCCGAAAGAUUUAGGUUAAUUAAAUUUGUCAAUGUGUCAUCGGAAAGCUUUCAAGUACAGCAAUUUUAAGUAACUCUUAACGAUUUAAUUUUUACAUGCGAAUUUGAGUUGACAGUUUCUAAGGUAGCGAACAAAUAGUGUCAUUUCUAUUCAAGUGAUUUCAAUCGAGCUGGUGGCCAUAGCGAUACUGUCGGAGCGGAGGUCGAUCAGUUGGGAAUGAAUUUUAUGGGAAUGAAGUAAUUGCACAUAAGCUCGAUGAAGCGUUCCGCAUACAAGACGGUCUAGACGAUUGCUGCAUUCAAUGAUACCAAUCGAUACGUCACGUUCGAAUUAGGUAUCUUUGGAGUAUCGCAAAAUUGAAAAUCAUACGGAAUCCAGUAACAACUUAUACUGUAUUUUGAAGGAAAAAAAAUGGAUCGUUUAUAUUCGCAUUAGAUUUCCCUUACGUAAAUGAACGACUAAAUAGAUUAGUGAUAGGUAUAUUUAAAGAGAGUGUCUAUGAGGCAAAAUCUUCUUCAUUCGAAUUCUUCUUCGGGAAGGACAACGAGACGUUACCGUGGCUCGAUAAUGAAAAAAUAAUAAUUUAAAAAAAAAUAUAUUUCUUCUUGCCCAUUCGAAAAUGCAGCUGCGGCGUCUCGAGACUUACUUCGAGACUUGCUUUUCAGCUUGCCUUGGUUUACUUUGAACUCGCGUAGGAAAUUAAUGUUGAAAAAUGGAAGAACGAAAAACACUCGAAACACAGAAUCGUAGAAUGUUCAAUAGAAAUAAAUUAAAGCGAUUGAUUAUUGUUAUCGCGACGCUUACACAAGAUGUAUCAAUAAUUAAUGGCGACGAAUAUCCGUGCUAGCAGCAAAUUAUAAAUUACAAUAAAGGCCAGGUCCUCACCGAAAAUGAGACUGCAGUCGCGCUUUGUAUAUAGCUUAUAUGUAAUACUGUGUUUUUAAUAUUAUUAUAAAUAAUACGGAUUAUCCUCCCGAGCAUAUUAUUAUUAUUUUAUAAAUACUAUCGGAUAGACCUUAGUCAUCUUAGCACGAUAGGCAACCUCGAUCAUCGAGGCCCCCUGUUGUACCUAGUACUAGGAGUGAUAAUAAUUUUAUUAAUUAUUAUUGUAUCUAUAUUCUAUUUUAUAAUCUACCGCUAGCUUUACACGAAUACGACGCGCGCGUUUCUAUACGGCUAUCAAUGUUAUUUUUGCGUAACUCUUUUUUCCUUUGUCAUCCCUUCAAAAAUAGUCGAACGCCGACGCGCGCUCUUGAGGUAUCGCAAUGUAUUGUGGGUAAACCCACUACCGGCCUACCAAUAAAUUCACCAAGUCGUAAAAAAAAUGUA